UACAGCGACGCCAAACAGUCACGUAUUUCCGGCCAGCUCAGCGUACGGAGGAGUGUUGUGAAGCUGCAAUCCAGAUACAGACAUUUGUACAGCUGUUAACCGCUCCACGUACACUUGCUGUGUGAAAAUCUGACAUUACAGCGAAAUGGUGCUGCUGACAAUAAUCGCGCGGCUGGCGGACGGACUGCCGCUGGCGGCUUCAAUGCAGGAGGACGAGCAGGGAAGUGAAAAGAUGGGUCGAGAUCUCCAGCAAUAUCAGAGCCAAGCCAAACAGCUCUUCCGCAAAUUAAAUGAACAGAGUCCAAACCGAUGCACCUUAGAGGCUGGAUCAAUGGCUUUUCACUAUGUCAUAGAGAAAGGCGUUUGCUAUCUGGUGCUCUGUGAGGCCGGGUUUCCUAAAAAGCUAGCCUUCGCUUAUCUCGAAGAUCUGCAGGCAGAGUUUCAUGAACAACAUGGCAAGAAGGUGCCCACGGUCUCCAGGCCCUACUCCUUCAUAGAGUUUGAUACAUAUAUUCAGAAGACCAAAAAGUCAUACAUUGACAGCAGAGCACGUAGGAACCUGAGCAACAUCAACACAGAGUUACAGGAUGUACAGAGAAUCAUGGUGGCCAACAUAGAAGAAGUUCUGCAAAGGGGGGAGGCCUUAUCUGCAUUGGACUCAAAGGCCAGCAACUUGUCCAGCCUGUCCAAGAAAUACAGAAGUGAUGCUAAGUACCUGAACACUCGCUCCACAUAUGCUAAGCUAGCUGCGGGUGGAGUCUUCUUCAUCAUGCUGAUCGUGUACAUACGCUUCUGGUGGCUGUGAGGUGUGGGAUGUAUGGAGGGAAGUGGAGCUCUUGAGAAAGUUACAGGUGAAAAGCAGACAGACUCUCAAAUGAUGACAAGUUCAACAUUUGUGUUUUAAGGCCACAGCUUGUUCUUAAAGACUGUUGGAUCCAGCAUUUUCCCUCCUAAUAAGCUGUCAAGUCCCUAACCUGAUCAUCGCCGGUAUCUGUUUUAUGAACUACACAGAAAUUUGUCUGCCAUGUUUGAAGUGUGAAUGAAAGAGAGAAUGAAAGUGGGUUUCCCUGUAUACUGUAUGUCUUUGUGAAAUCCCUCAGUUCAUGGAAAUUAAUCUUGUAUACUGUAAAACAGUAAACCAUAGAGCAGCAGUGCAUCCCAAAAAGCUGAAUUGAUAAUUCAUUAACAUUGUGGGUUGGAUCAGUUCCACUGACCACUUAUUAAUGCUCCUCAUGCUAUGGACGUUAGGUAAGGUUUACUUCCAGCCAGGGGAGUAAACGUAAAGCUUGUGGGGCGGCUGUAUUAGUAAAGAUUUGGUCCCCCCAGUUAUCUGCACAAAAUUAAUAAUUGUACUGACUGCCCAGUCAGGCUCCUAUAUAUAAACCAGGUAUUCAAGAAUUUGUCUCAUAUCUCUAAAAGCCAAAUGAAAUGAAGUGGUUUAUUAAGUCUUAGUUAGAAUUUGUCUUAAAUGUACAUGUCUCAUUAAGACCCAACAGACAUUUUGGAACUUUCAUUUAUUUUCUCAGUGCUAAAGUUGCCCAACAAAAAGCAAUUUCACUGCAGCGAGGAGAUUUGCGGUCAUGUCCAGUUACUCAAUCCAGACCAAAUCGUUGAAACUUGUGUCUGGGGAGAGUGGUGGCCUACCAUUUUUUUUUUUUUUUUUCAAGAAGCAGAGAUUUGGGUCAAAUGCAAUCCGGUGCAGUUUAGAACUAUAUAUAUAUAUUUGUAUCUGUGUUCCUGCCUCUUGCAUGGUUGCAGAUGUGAUAUCUGACCUGGGUUCCUACAGCUUUCUCUUUCAGUGCUUACGUUAAUCUGUGUUUUACAUGCAUUGAAGAGUUAAACCCACAGUAACCAACCAGACGCAACAACAGGAUGAGGCUAAAAUGCUCAUCAGAAGAGAGUUUGUUCAUCUCACCAAAUCUACAGUAUAAAUAAAUUGAUUCAAACUCA